AUAACAUAAACCUUUUUCUUUCCUUAUCCUGUUUUCUGAAAUGGGGGAGCAACAUCAGCCAUGAACGCAACAUUACUACAAACUCCGUUCUCUACAACCUCCACUUCACCAUUCCCACACUCUCACCACCCUUCCCCUCCCUUCAAACUCACCAUCUCACACGCCAACCCCUCACUCGCCACAACCACAACCUCCCAACCACGCGACCAAAACCUUCUUUUUCUCUUACGCGAACGCAAAACUGAAGAAGCUUGGCUCGCUUACACCAACUCCGCUCACCUCCCAAACCCCACUUGCCUUAGCCGCUUAGUCUCCCAACUAUCUUAUCAGAACACCCUCUCCUCCCUCACACGCGCCCAAUCCAUCGUCACGCGCCUCCGCCAUGAACGCCAGCUACACCGCCUUGACUCCAACUCCCUCGGCCUCCUCGCCGUCGCCGCCGCCAAGGCCGGCCACACCCUCUACGCGGCCUCUCUCGUCAAGUCCAUGCUUCGCUCCGGCUACCUCCCCCACGUCAAGGCCUGGACCGCCGUCGUCGCCCGCCUCGCUUGCUCCCCCGAUGACGGCCCCUCUGACGCGCUCAAACUCUUCCGUGCAGUCACGCGCCGCCUCCGGAAACUCCCCGACCCUGACUUCGCCGCCGAUUCGCGCCCCGACACGGCGGCGCUAAACGCCGCGCUUAAUGCCUGCGCGAAUUUAGGCGACGCCGAGGCGUUCUGCCAACUGUUCGACGAAAUGCCUCAGUUCAAUGUUGAACCUGAUGCGCUCAGUUAUAACACAUUGAUGAAGCUGUGUGUUAAAAUUGAUAGAAAGGACUUGCUAGUGUUUAUUUUGGAAAGGGUUCUUCAGUUGGGUAUUCCUCUUUGUAUCACCACUUUGCAUUCCCUUGUUUCUGCUUAUGUUGAAUUUGGUGAUUUGGAAAUUGCUGAGAAAGUUGUUCAAGCAAUGAGGGAACAAAGGAAAGACCUUUGCAAAUUACUUAGGGAGUCUAAUUUAGAAUAUUCAAGUGAAAAUGAUAAUGAUAAUGAUGAUGGUGGUGGUGGUGGUGUAGAAGAAGAAUAUUUUGUUUUUAAGAAAUUGCUUCCGAAUUUGAUGGAUAAGAGUGGGAAUGAACCACCCUUGUUGCCAAAAGCAUAUGCUCCAAAUACAAGGAUGUACACCACUCUAAUGAAGGGUUAUAUGAAAGCAGGGCGUGUUAGUGACACAGUGAGAAUGCUCGAGGCAAUGCGGCAUCAGGAUGAUAAGGGUAGUCACCCUGAUCAUGUUUCUUACACCACUGUGGUUUCAGCACUUGUCAAGGUUGGUUCCAUGGACCGUGCUCGUCAAGUUCUUGCUGAAAUGACAAGGAUUGGUGUGCCUGCCAAUCGCAUAACAUACAACAUUCUCCUUAAGGGUUAUUGCAAACAGCUGCAGAUAGAUAAGGCGAGAGAGUUGCUUAAGGAGAUGGCUGAUGAUGUAGGGAUUCAGCCUGAUGUGGUGUCCUAUAAUAUACUCAUUGAUGGGUGUAUUUUGGUUGAUGACAGUGCUGGAGCUCUUUCCUUCUUCAAUGAGAUGAGGGCAAGAGGGAUAGCUCCCACCAAGAUUAGUUACACUACUUUGAUGAAAGCUUUUGCUUUCUCGGGUCAACCAAAGCUGGCUCGCAGGGUCUUUGAUGAGAUGGUCAAUGACCCGCGAGUGAAGGCGGAUUCAAUUGCCUGGAACAUGCUGGUUGAAGGGUAUUGUAGGUUGGGGUUAGUGGAAGAAGCAAAGAAAGUGAUUCAGAAGAUGAAGGAGAAUGGGCUUAAUCCUGAUGUGGGCACUUAUGGGAGUUUAGCCAAUGGAAUUGCUUGGGCUAGGAAACCAGGAGAGGCACUUAUUCUUUGGAAUGAAGUGAAAGAAAGGUGGGAAGUGGGAAAGGAAAGGGGCAAGGUUGAUUGUUCUAAUGUUUCCCCAUUGAUACCUGAUGAAGGGCUUUUAGAUACUCUUGCUGAUAUAUGUGUGAGGGCUGCUUUCUUUAGAAAGGCUUUGGAAAUUGUGGCUUGCAUGGAAGAGAAUGGGAUUGCUCCCAACAAGACCAAGUUUACUAGAAUCUAUGUGGAAAUGCAUUCAAGAAUGUUCACUAGUAAGCAUGCUUCCAAGGCUAGACAAGACAGAAGAGUAGAGAGAAAAAGGGCUGCUGAGGCUUUCAAGUUUUGGCUGGGUUUGCCUAAUUCCUAUUAUGAUGGAAGUGAGUGGCGGUUACAACCUAUGGAGGGGUAUGAAUCUACUACCACUGAUUGGGUUUAGUUGCUUGCUCAUGCUGCUACAUCAUGCUGUGUCAAAACAAACUCUAGUGUAAGUAAGGGAUCGUGUACACUAGAAUGUAGAAAAUCAAUGUAACUUAAGGAAAAGGGAAAUUUUUGUGAUUUUUUUUAGCACAUCGGUGUCCACUCUUUCUUGCAUUCACAAGAGAAUCAUGGAUCUUUUAUAUCUUACUUUUUAUGUUUCAAAAGAUUAAUAUAAUACCAUAAAUUUAUAAUAUAGUAUAUUUUAGUAAAAACAUUUUUACAAAAUUAACUUUCUACAUUCUGUAUUGUAUAGAAUAUAUCGUGUAAAUUAUUCUAUUUUGUACAAUUCAUAUGGUACUUUAAACUUUAUAUUACAUGCUAUCAAAU